ACACACACACACACACACACACACACACACACACACACACACACACUUCGUUACAGAAACGCGACUGAAUGCAACCGGAUUGCUUACAAGAACGCUUCAACGGAAGCUCGUCGGCAACAGUACAACCAAAACAAUUACCACGAAAGGUUAAAGUCUCGAGUAAUGUAGAACAGUUUUAUCUCCAGUAAAUCGUGAUAAAUCCACCAAAUCCACCAGAAGGACGCAAAUAGUGACACUCGAAGACCCUGCAUCGCCGACAUGACAACCCUGCGGCCGUUUAGGUGCGAGGACAUGUUCCACUUCAAUAACGUGAACCUCGACCCGCUCACCGAGACUUACGGGCUGUCCUUCUACUUGCAGUAUUUAGCUCACUGGCCGGAGUAUUUCCAGGUGGCCGAGAGCCCCAGCGGCGUCAUUAUGGGAUACAUCAUGGGAAAAGCAGAAGGUCAUGGAGAGAAUUGGCAUGGACACGUGACAGCCCUGACUGUUGCCCCUGAGUACAGAAGACUUGGACUUGCAAAGCAGUUAAUGGCCAUUCUCGAAGAUAUAUCAGAAAAGAAGAGAUGUUAUUUUGUAGAUUUGUUUGUUCGAGUGAGUAAUCUGGUGGCAAUAACUAUGUAUAAGCUGCUUGGAUAUAUAGUUUAUCGCACAGUUCUCCAGUAUUAUUCCGGGGACCCUGACGAAGAUGCUUAUGAUAUGAGGAAGGCGUUAUCCAGAGAUGAACAGCGGAAGUCUGUUAUUCCAUUGACUCACCCUGUCAGACCGGAAGACAUAGAAUAAAUUACUUGUAGAUAUAAAUGUGUUCACAUUAAAAAAACAAGGCUUUGUCUUUUGAUAAGUUGAGUGAGAUAUCGAAGGAUCUCAAUAACUACAUACCAUAAUAAAAUUGUGUAGCAUAUUAAACAAACAUCUAAAUGCUUUCCAUGCUAAAAUAUUAAUAAAAUAUCAGAGAAA